AUGCCGGGUGUCCCAUCAGGUCGGGCCUGUGAAGGGUGUCGCAAGCAGAAGAAAAAGUGCGACGAGAAAAAACCUGCGUGUGGACGAUGUCUUCGUCUCAAAGUGAGCUGUGUGGGGUCCGGUCAGCAACGAUUCAAGUUCAAACAGGAACACUUCUCCCCCAAGUCAAAUCAAAACGGCCAAAUGACUCUCGCCUCGAGAUCAAUAUCCACAGAAGAAAAAUAUCCUUUUGAAAUUCCCCGGCCAUGUCCUAGCAAUAGAAUGACAUCAUUGACCAGUUCGUUUGUCGGCGCCAUAAAACGAUCCACCGACCUCAGGUACAACAUGUGGUGGUCUUUCGGCAUGUUCCUGGAAGACGUACCCCGACGACUCGGCAGUAGCGAAGCACUCGACCGUGCAGUUGAUGCCGUGACCACUGCCCACGCAGGCUUCUGCACCCGCCAACCAGUUUCGGUUGAAACACUAGCCAAGUAUUCCUAUGCGCUCAGAACCCUAAGGAUCUAUCUAGAUGACCCGCUCCAGGCGAGUGCUUCCAGUACACUGUGUGCUGUGAUGAUACUUUUGGUUUGCCAAACAUUCAUCGGAAGUAACGGGAACAUAGUAUCAGGACAUGCACAAGGGGCCGCCAACAUUCUACAAGCGCGAAAGAACUUUGGGCCACGCGAUGACUUUGAGCGUAAAUUGUUCCUCUCUUUACGGGGAAGUGUGUUAUUCGAAGGGCUAUACAAUGAUGAUAUCGACCUGAGCCCCGAGGAGUGGGAUGCCUUAGUCACGAAUGACUUUGAUCAAAACCAACCCGAAGGCCGGAUUUUGCGAUGUCUAGCACAGGCCCCGGUCCUAAUCAAACGCGGCAAACGAGCUAUUCGCGCCGGCGAAGAUAUAACACCCUUGACAAACGAAGUCCGACCAAUAUACGAAAAAUGCAAAUUGAUCCUGGCAGAAUUGAAAGCACGAAUAGUCGAAGACGAAGCUUCCGAGCUCAGUAUCAUGAAAGAAACUUUCAUUGCCCAGAUCUUGCGAGCACAUUAUCUCCGCACCUAUGGAAUUGGUGUCGCAAUCACAACGUUUUUCAAUUGCAUGCUUCAGGCACUGGAUCCCAGUGACUAUAUUUGCGUGAUAGAAUCGAGAGCCCUUGUUAAAGAGAUUCUCGUACAUGCUCAGAAGUCCAAUAUGUACCGACCUGUUGGAGCAGGAUAUGUAAUAAUGUGUUUAUCAGCAGCAUGGGUCGUUACUACUGACCCCCAACUGCAGUCAAUGGUGGAAGCCGCCUUGAUUGACUAUUAUGGUGACCUUGUGCCCCAUUAUCGUUUGAAUAUACCACGAGAGCUGGAACAGGUGAAUGAGAAC